AUGUCCACACGCAAUCCCAAUGCCAGAAAUUCGACUGCUGCUGAGCGACGGUCCGCCAACCAUGCAGCGUCAACACAGAGGCCCCGCGUGCCUUCCCGAAGUCUGAGUACAGACACCCCAGACGAGAGGCGCACCUCGACGUCACAGACACGCAAACAGUCUGGAUCCGGCCUGGGCGAGCGGCGCGUAGAAAGGCGCGAGGUCAGAGAAAGAGAGAUCGAAGUGCGCCGGACGAGGAGCCCGCUCAAGCACACGUCGGAGAGCCGAGUCAAUGCGCGAACAAGGACAGAGAAGCCGGCGCGGGAAGAGAGGGAACGACCACGGACGGCAGAGCACGCAAGGACGAAGUCGGAACCGGAGAAGCCAUGGGAUCCUCGAGCCAGUCUCAUUCCGCAUACGACCGCCCCGCUUGCGACACGCAUUUCGAUACCUCCGCUUGCUUCGACGGCGCCGGCAACGCUGCAGCCUACGCCACUCGCGCAAUUAUCACUUGGCCAGCAGGAGAGUGCUAUAAUAGAGGACCUGCUCUUUGUCUUCAUGGGGUUUGAGGGGCAGUACAUUCGAUUCACCGAUUCAUACAACCCACACGAAGAGAAGGAACGCCUCGUUGGGCCGCACUUCCGCAUACUGCCUGGCCUAGAUCCGAGUCUGAGGGACCUGACAAAGUCAAUGUUGAAAAUGGCGACGCAUUACAUUGCGGUGGAAACUUGCGUCGAGGUGCUAAGCAGGGAAGAGUACGGCUCGGUCAAUCACUCACUUUGCGCGGCUGUAAGACGGCUGCUGAAGGACUAUCUGACGCUGAUGGCGCAACUGGAACACCAAAUGCUGACGAAUCAGUCAUUCACUCUACAUGUACUUAAUCUGCAUACCAAGCAGACAAGCCACAUGCUGUUCCAGCUAUAUACUACAGGGAUCGAGCUGCUGAAGGCGAAUGGGAUAUUGGAGGACGACAAAGAAUCCGACUCUGAGGACGACACAGAGAACUUCGAGGCAAUACUGGAGUCAGUACGGGAGGGUGGAAAUGUUCAGUUGGGAACGAAGAAAAUAUGCAAGGGAGGAAGCGUGCUAGGACUUAUAACACGGCGGCUUGCUUCCAUGUCAGGCGACCCUGCAGCACGAGAGCUCCUCACUACGCUGUUACGAGAAGCAAGCAAACCAUACAUGGCGAUGCUGAACGAGUGGCUGCAUCACGGCGGCAUUCGAGAUCCACAUGCGGAAUUCAUGAUAAAAGAGUCGAAGAGCAUCAAGCGGGAACGCUUGGACCAAGAUUACACGGACGAGUAUUGGGACAAGCGUUAUACGAUGCGAGAUGCACUCGUACCACCACAGCUCGAAGGUGUGAAAGACAAGGUCUUGCUCGCCGGCAAGUACCUCAACGUUGUCCGCGAGUGCGGCGGCGUCGACAUCAGUGGCAAAGUCCAAGAUGUACCAACGAGCUUCGACGACGCCCGGGUCUUGGACAAUGUAAACUCUGCAUACGCCUACGCCAACUCUUCGCUCUUCGAACUUCUCCUCACGACCCACCAAUUGCCUGCGCGGUUACGAUCGCUCAAGCAUUACUUCUUCCUCGACCGGUCAGACUUCUUCUCGUAUUUCCUUGAGCUAGGCGGAUCAGAGCUCAAGAAACCAGCAAAGAACGUCAACGUCGGCAAGCUGCAGUCACUCCUCGACAUCAUCGUCCGACAACCCGGCUCCGUCGCGGCCGAAGACCCCUACAAAGAAGACAUCAAAGUACAAAUCAUCGAGACCGGACUGACCAACUGGCUCAUGAAGAUUGUCACUGUAACUGGCCUCGACCAAGAAGCCGCCAAUGCCGGCUCAAUCGCAAACUACACGCCCGCCACCACAGACAAAGCCUCCGUCACCGACGACAGCAAUCUCACCGGCUACGGCGCCCUCGUCUUCGACUACGCGAUGCCGUUCCCGCUCUCCCUCGUUGUCUCCCGCGUCACCCUCACCCGUUACCAGCUCCUCUUCCGCUACCUCCUCUCCCUGCGCCACCUUGAAAACAGCCUCGUCGAUUGCUGGGGCGAGCAGGGCAAGACGGCGACGUGGAAGCACCGUUCGCGCAACCCGCGCAUCGAGCUCUGGAAGCGCAAGGCCUGGACCCUGCGCGCCCGCAUGCUCGUCUUCACGCAGCAGUUGCUGUACUACUGCACCGCCGAGGUUAUCGAGCCCAACUGGGUCGCCCUCAUGUCGCGCCUCACGCAGGAGGACGCGCCGGACGCGCGGGCCAGGGCGCCGCGUGCGGACGGCGAUGCGGGUGUCAAGCGCACCGUCGACGAGCUCAUGCAGGACCACGUCGACUUCCUCGCGACGUGUCUGAAGGAGUGCAUGCUGACCAACAGCAAGCUGCUGCGGAUCAACAACAAAAUCACAUCGACCUGCCAAAUGUUCGCCGCCUUCACCCAGGCCCUCUCCCGCUACCUCAUCAUCUCGGACCCGGACCUCGUCGCCUCCGCCAACGCCGCCGCCGCCGCGUCUGCCCCCACCGCCAACCCCUUCGCGUCCCGCAAUGCAGGCCCCUACGUCUACGACCCCCACCGCGUCGACAAGAUGUUCGACAUGCUCGCCAAGUACGAGGACAAUUUUGCGCGCCACCUCAAGAUCCUGCUGGAUACGCUCAACUACCUUGCGGCGACCGAGACGGUCGUGUUUUUGAGCUUGUGCGCAAGACUGCAGUCUGCCGGCGAGGGGGGGAUGGUGGCCAUGGUGGUGGGGGAGGGGUUUGGAGUGUAG